GUUGGCUACAAUGUUUAACUGUCCAGUGUCUACGUCGUGGCAGAGAUUGUUCGGUCUCUUUCUUUCGAAGGAGUGCGCCAACGUUGGCGUAUCGUAAGUUUUGGUUGUGCUUAAAAAAAUCAUCAAACAUCCAAAAUGGUGAACUUUACGGUAGACGAAAUCAGAGCCAUGAUGGACAAAAAAAGAAAUAUUCGUAAUAUGUCCGUUAUAGCCCAUGUGGACCAUGGUAAAUCGACUUUGACUGAUUCCUUAGUAUCCAAAGCUGGUAUAAUUGCUGGUGCCAAAGCCGGAGAAACACGUUUCACCGAUACUAGAAAAGAUGAACAAGAACGUUGUAUUACAAUCAAGUCAACUGCCAUUUCUAUGUUCUUUGAACUGGAAGACAAGGAUCUUGUCUUCAUCACCAACCCAGAUCAACGUGAAAAAGAAGAGAAAGGUUUUUUGAUCAACUUGAUUGAUUCUCCUGGGCACGUAGACUUUUCAUCAGAAGUAACUGCUGCUCUUCGUGUUACUGAUGGUGCUCUUGUAGUAGUGGAUUGUGUAUCCGGUGUAUGUGUCCAAACGGAAACUGUAUUACGUCAAGCUAUUGCUGAACGAAUCAAGCCAAUUUUAUUCAUGAACAAGAUGGACCGUGCUCUAUUGGAGUUGCAAUUGGAUUCUGAAGAAUUAUAUCAAACCUUCCAACGUAUUGUAGAAAAUGUUAACGUUAUCAUUGCCACUUACAAUGAUGACAGUGGUCCAAUGGGUGAAGUUAGAGUUGAUCCCAGCAAAGGUUCAGUAGGUUUUGGUUCAGGUCUUCACGGAUGGGCCUUUACUCUCAAACAAUUCUCUGAAAUGUAUGCAGAAAAAUUCAAGAUUGAUGUUGUUAAACUAAUGAACCGAUUGUGGGGAGAAAACUUCUUCAAUGCCAAAACCAAGAAAUGGGCCAAACAAAAGGAUGAUGACAACAAACGUUCCUUCUGUAUGUACAUCUUGGAUCCCAUUUACAAGAUCUUUGAUUCAAUUAUGAAUUACAAGAAAGAAGAAUACGAAGCGCUCCUUCCUAAAUUAGGUAUUACCAUCAAACACGAAGACAAAGACAAAGAUGGUAAACAGUUAUUGAAAGUAGUAAUGAGAACUUGGUUGCCUGCUGGUGAAGCUUUACUUCAGAUGAUUGCCAUCCAUUUGCCAUCUCCUGUAGUAGCUCAAAAAUACAGAAUGGAAAUGUUGUAUGAAGGACCUCAAGAUGACGAAGCUGCGAUCGGUAUCAAAAGCUGCGACCCCAAUGCACCGUUAAUGAUGUACAUCUCUAAAAUGGUACCGACUUCAGAUAAAGGUCGAUUCUAUGCUUUCGGUCGUGUAUUUUCCGGUAAAGUUGCUACCGGUAUGAAAGCCCGUAUCAUGGGACCCAACUACACCCCUGGUAAAAAGGAAGAUUUAUAUGAAAAAGCUAUCCAACGUACUAUCCUGAUGAUGGGUCGUUAUGUUGAAGCCAUUGAAGACGUACCAUCUGGUAACAUCUGUGGUUUAGUUGGUGUUGAUCAAUUUUUGGUCAAAACCGGUACUAUCACCACUUUCAAAGAUGCCCACAAUUUGAAGGUCAUGAAGUUCAGUGUGUCCCCUGUAGUACGUGUUGCUGUAGAACCCAAAAAUCCCGCUGAUCUACCUAAACUUGUUGAAGGAUUAAAACGGCUCACCAAAUCUGAUCCUAUGGUACAAUGUAUUAUUGAAGAAUCUGGUGAACACAUCAUUGCCGGAGCUGGUGAAUUGCAUCUUGAAAUUUGUCUUAAAGAUUUAGAAGAAGAUCACGCUUGCAUUCCCAUCAAAAAAUCUGAUCCAGUUGUAUCUUACCGUGAAACAGUCAGUGAAGAAUCUGAUCAAAUGUGUUUAUCAAAAUCGGCCAACAAACACAACAGAUUGUUCAUGAAAGCUUGCCCAAUGCCUGAUGGUCUAGCUGAAGACAUUGAUGAAGGACAAGUUAAUCCACGUGACGAUUUCAAAGUUCGUGCACGUUAUCUUGGAGAAAAGUACGAUUAUGAUGUAACUGAAGCCCGUAAAAUCUGGUGUUUUGGUCCUGACGGAACUGGACCUAAUAUUCUUGUCGAUUGUACUAAGGGAGUGCAAUAUCUCAACGAAAUCAAGGACUCUGUAGUGGCCGGUUUCCAAUGGGCCACCAAGGAAGGUGUAUUAUCAGAAGAAAACUUGAGAGGAGUCAGAUUCAAUAUUUAUGAUGUAACAUUACAUGCUGACGCUAUUCAUCGUGGUGGUGGUCAAAUCAUUCCAACAACUCGUAGGUGUUUAUACGCUUGUUUAUUGACAGCUUCGCCCAGACUCAUGGAACCUAUCUACAAAUGUGAAAUUAUGUGUCCUGAAAUUGCUGUUGGUGGUAUCUAUGGUGUUUUAAAUAGAAGACGUGGUCACGUUUUUGAGGAAUCCCAGAUAGCUGGUACACCUAUGUUCUUAGUAAAAGCCUAUUUACCAGUAAAUGAAUCGUUCGGUUUCACCGCCGAUUUGAGAUCAAACACAGGAGGGCAGGCAUUCCCACAAUCAGUCUUUGACCAUUGGCAAAUCUUGCCAGGGGAUCCAUUCGAACCUAACAGCAGACCAUACGGUAUUGUCCAGGAAACGCGUAAGAGGAAGGGUCUCAAAGAAGGACUACCAGACCUGGCACAGUAUCUGGAUAAAUUAUAAGCAUUCAAGGAAAUUAACUUUGUACAGAUUAUUUAAUAAAUUUAUUUCAAUUUACUCACUUUUUUUUCUAUAGUUAAUUGUAUUUUUGAUAAUUUUUAUUCUUAAACUGUCCUUGGUUGAAUUUUGCGAGAAAUUAAAUAAUCUGCAAAUAGAUAUUGUUAUAUAAUUUUUGUUAUUUAUCCGGAUAUUUGUAUAUUUACAAUAUUUUUUGACAUCAAAAGUAAAUUCUGUUGAAAUUAAA